AUGCGCCGAUCCCUCUUGCUCCUCCCGCUGGCGUCGGCGGCCGUGGCCGACGUGUCGGCGGCGUCUGCAAACUUUGCGUGGGAGCGAGCCCAGCUCGGCGCGAACGAGACGGCCGGGUACCCGGACAUUGCGUUUGGCGACGCGACGGGGAGCAACGCGUCGUACGCAGGGCCCAAGUGCCGCGUCGGGCCGGGCGACGCGGCGUGGCCGGCGGCCGCCGAGUGGCGGCGGUUCAACAGCACGCUCGGCGGCGCGCUGCUGAAGCCGCUGCCGCCCGGCGCCGCCUGCUACCCCGGCAGCCCCAGCUACAGCGCCGCGCAGUGCCAGUUUCUCCUGACCACGGCGCCUCUGACGCGCUUCUACCCCAACGACCCGCUGACUGUGCUGACUGCCUGGGCCGAGGGCAACACCUGCCAGGCCACGUGGUUCCCAACGGGCAACUGCACCCAGGGCGGGUAUCCCGUGUAUGUGGUGAACGUGUCUACUGUGCGCCACAUCCAGCUCGCGGUCAACUUUGCGCGGAACCGGAACCUCCGGCUCGUGAUCAAGAACUCGGGCCACGACUUCGGCGGGCGGUCGACGGGCGCGGGGGCGCUGAGCAUCUGGACGCACUUCCUCAAGGAUUUCGAGUUCCUGCCGCACCACACCAUCGACGGGUACGUGGGCCGCGCGGCACGGGUCAGCGCGGGCAUCGAGGCGUGGGAGCUGUGGAACUACAUGGACGAGUACAACAUGACUAUGGUAGUGCCGGGCGGCGACACGGUCGGCGCGUUCGGCGGGUGGACGGCCGGCGGCGGCCACAACUCGCUCAGCUCGUCGUACGGCCUUGGCUCGGACCAGGUCCUCGCCUUCCAGGUCGUCACGGCGGAUGGCAGGUACCGCACCGUCACGCCGCACCAGAAUGCGGAUCUCUUCUUUGCCAUGCUUGGCGGGGGCGGCAGCACGUACGGGGUCUUCACGUCGGCCAUCGUCAAGGCCUAUCCGCCGACACCCGUGACCAACCUGCCGCUGAGCUUCCAGGUCGGCGCGGGAAUGUCGUUUGGCUUUGGAAACUUCUCCUUCCCGCCGGGAAAUUUCUCCGGGCCCGGAAACUUCUCGUUCCCGCCGUUCCCGCCGUUCCCAGGCGCGAACGGCACGUUUCCGCCACUAGGCAACGGAUCGUUCCCCGGGUUCCCCUUCCCAGCCCUCAACGGGACGCUGCCCGGCAACUUCAGCUUCCCGUUCCCCGGCGGCGGCAACGGCUCGUUCCCGGGAUUCGAGCCGCCCGUCGUCGUCAACUCGACCGACAUCUUCUGGGAGGGGUUCUGGCUGUACCAAAAGUUCGCGCCCGUAGUGUGCGACGCCGGCGGCACGCUGUACAGCUACCUCACCAAAGUCAGCAACACGAGCUACACCUUCUCGACCACGUUCGAGAUGCCCAACAUGACGCCGCGGGAAGUCCAGGAUCUCGUCGACCCGCUGUUCAAGGGGCUCAACAGGCUGGGCAUCCCCGUGGCCAACAAAGUCCCCGAGACAACGGCGGCCUUCGCGCCGGCCGCUCGAACCGGGGCUGGGAGCUCGCCGGGCAACAUUUAUUUCGGCUCGCGGCUGUUCCCGCGCGCCAACUGGGACAACGACACCAUCUACAACACGACCGUCGCAGCAAUUCGCACCGUCGUCGAGGCCGGCUACACGUUCCACGGGAUCAACCACCAGCCGGCGUACAAGAUCGCCGGGUUCCCGGGCAACACGACGGCCAUCAGCCCCAACUGGCGCGCGGCUAUCAUGCACGCCGACAUCUUCGACUACUCGUUGUUCGGCGGUGGCGGCGGCGGCGGCGGUUUCGGCGGGGCAUCGUCUGCACCGGCGUCCCCGGAAGCCGUCAAAGCGAGCCACGCCAAGUUCAACAGCUACAUGGACGUGAUCCGCGCGGCGACGCCGGCCGGCGGGAGCUACUUCAACGAGGCCGACGUGCAGGAGCCCAACUGGCAGCGCAGCUUUUUUGGUGCUAACUACGCGCGCCUCGCCCGCGUCAAGCGCGCGCGCGACCCUUGGGGCCUCUUCUGGGCGCCCACGAUGCCAGGCAGCGAGGCGUGGGCUGUCGGCACGGCCGACGGCCUGCCGACGCAGAACGGCCCGCUGUGCCAGACGGGGUUUGUCGAGGGCGACGGUGAGGGGCUGGGAGGGGGCGAGGGGCAGCCGGAGCGGAACGUGAGGGCGGUUAGGAGGAGGGAUUGA